CCUCAACCUACUUCCAAGGCCCCUUCAACUGUCCAACCUCAUAGCGACACGAUGCCCCUGAAAUUGCAGUGCGCAUUCAAAUAACGACUAGCAUUUAGAAGCGGCUCAAAUACUGCGAAAAACGCCAAUCGCCAAUUCUUGUCCGCGGCCGACUUGCAUCCUUGGUUUUCUUCGGCUUGACGAUCAUCGCUCCGCGCCGUCAUUUCUCCUGCGCCUUUCACCCAACCGACCGCCCGCCUUUUCCCAUCCCUGCCACCCAGCCUACGUGCGACCAUCGUAGCGGUGCUUGAAACCUGUGUCACCUGCAGCCCGUUGCAUCCGGAAAGUAGCUGAAUGGUGUGUCUCUUGAGUCUGGUGGAUUUCUACGUCUCACGGUCUCCAGCGGUCAGUUUGCUGGAGCGAGCAUAGACCAGUUGCCGCGUGGGCCCAGCUUUUCCCACGCUUGCCAUGGCGACAACACUCUCUGCCGGGGCUGAAAUGCCCAUUCGCUCCCAAUCUGUCCGCACGCGACGGCCGCCGACUUCUUCACGAGCAGAGCCAGCCCCGCGGUCGGAGUCGUCAACGAGAGCCGAAGCUUCGCGACCCCACCGCCGCAGCAGUCAGCGAUCAACAACCGCGCCGUCGCCCCAGCACCAGCAGCACGCCGAAAUGCCCGCUCCUGCCGCGACCAACCCGCCCGCCACCGCCGAGGAGCCGCGCGAUAGGGCUGCAGACCCCCAGUCGUCGCAGCGAUCGAAGCACAGAUACCGCACUGUCAUCCCGGCGCCGUCGGGCAACUACGCCUUCAUCAAGACCAUCGGUCAGGGGAGCAUGGGUAAAGUCAAGCUGGCGAGGAAGGAGGGCUCAAAUGAACUGGUCGCUUGCAAAAUCAUCGAGAGGGUAUCUGCCGACGACGGACGCCAAAGCAGGGAAGAUCGAGAGAAGGCCGAUGCCGCCAGGGAGGACCGCAAUGCGCGCGAGGCUGCCAUCGUCAGUCUGCUCAGCCACCCCUAUGUGUGUGGGCUGCGGGACAACCUGCGGACAAGAUGGCAUUGGUACAUGCUUUUUGAAUAUGUCAAUGGCGGUCAGAUGCUCGAUUACAUCAUCUCCCACGGAAAACUCAAGGAGAAGCAGGCUAGGAAGUUUGCGCGCCAAAUAGCGAGCGCCGUCGACUAUUGCCACCGCAACAGCAUCGUCCACCGCGAUCUCAAAAUCGAGAACAUCCUGAUCAGCAAGACCGGCGACAUCAAGAUCAUCGACUUCGGCCUGAGCAACCUGUUUUCCCCUGACGAGGAUAGGAAACUCAAGACGUAUUGCGGCAGUCUCUACUUUGCCGCGCCGGAGCUGCUCCAGGCGCGUCCAUACACCGGCCCUGAGGUUGAUGUAUGGAGCUUUGGCGUCGUUCUGUUCGUGCUCGUCUGCGGUAAAGUGCCGUUCGAUGAUCAGUACAUGCCAGCUCUUCAUCAGAAGAUCAAGAAAGGCGCCGUCGACUAUCCCAAUUGGCUGUCAAGCGAGUGCAAACAUCUGAUUUCGCGGAUGCUGGUAACGGACCCGAAACAGCGCGCUACGAUGCACGAGGUCAUGAACCACCCCUGGAUGCUGAAGGGGUACAAUGGGCCUCCCGAGAACUAUCUUCCCCAGCGCGAACCCCUGAAAUUACCGCUCGACGAGGAGGUCAUCGCACAUAUGACGGGAUUCAAGUUCGGCCCCCCAGACUACAUCCGGGAGGAGCUGACCAAGAAGAUCACGUCGCAAAAAUACCAAGCAGCCGUCCGGCGCUUGGAGAGGGAAAAAGAUCAGCCACAGCCAGCGCCCAGGGAUGCCGAAAAGAGGCGUGCCUUUGGUUUCGACUUCUAUAAGCGGAGAAACUCAAUAACGAGCAAGGAUACUCUGACCAACACCAGUUCGGAGGGCUUGCCCAUGGGCGACGAUCCGCUCAACGCCUUUGACCCUAUGAUCUCCAUCUACUAUCUCGUCCAGGAGAAGCUCGAGCGGGAGAGGCAAGCAGCGCAAGCAGCACAGCCAUCAGUGCCGCCCAAGGUGCAGGUGCCGCCCUCUCCGCAGCAAGCUCAGUUACCUGUCCCGUCGUCGCCCAUGCCGCGGCCAAAGGAAAAGCAUUCGCUUGCCGAAAUUGUCCCGCCACAGCCUGCACACACCGAGGGCAGUUCACAAGCGCGGCAAAGAGCGAGGUCGCACAGCGAAGACCAGGUUAGGGAGCCGGCUAAGAACGGGCUGCUGUCGCCGGACAUGAUCCCGCAGAAGAAGGGCGGCAAUGGGCCGGUGUCGCUCCUGCGGAGGCUAAGCACCAGGGGUGACAGGAGGAAAGAGUCGUCCGAGGGGAGGACCAGCACAUUGAUGCAGAAAUCCGUGUCGAUGCGCGCCAAGUCGCUCGGCCACGCCCGUAGGGAGAGCAUCCAAGCCAGGCGGGCCAAGCGCGAGGCCGAGGCGCGCGAUCAGCAACAGCAACCGCAGCCGCCAUAUCAGGAACCGGUGAAGGAAGAAACAGAUGCCGAACUGGGCUUGGAAGCCGAGGGCGGCGACACGAGCGGCGGCUCCCACGAGCGCCUCGAGCCGGAAGACCCAGACCUUGCCAAGCCCGUCUACCUCAAGGGCAUCUUCAGCGUGUCGACGACGUCCACCAAGCCGCUGCCCGAGAUCCGCGCCGACAUCAAGCGGGUGCUCAAGAUGCUGGGCGUAGACUACACCGAGAUCAAGGGCGGGUUCAGCUGCUCGCACGCGCCGAGCCUCGCCGAGGAAGAGAGGCACCCUUCGUACCACUCGCAAUCCCGUCGGUCUGAGGCGAGGGUGGCGGACGGCGAGAUCCGCUUUGAGAUUGUCAUUGUCAAGGUGCCCAUCGUGACCCUGCACGGCGUGCAAUUCAAGAGGGUCGGCGGGAAUACGUGGCAAUACAAGGCUAUGGCGGAGCAGAUCGUGAGGGAGCUGAGGUUGUGAUAAAGGCUGGUUGGAUCUGGCGGAGACUUUGGAAUGGGCACUACGGAGACAAUAGAUGGGUAGACAUGGCUGGGAAGAAGGGAUAAGCGCGGUAAGAGGGGCGGGGAUUGACGAGGACUUUUUACGUUCCAUGUGUCGUCACGCUUGGGGAUCUUGUCUUCGCUUGUAUUUUUGACUGUCCGCGGCUUGUUCCAAAGCAAUGUGGUUAUAUUCUAAUUAGUAAGGUACUUAAUAUUGAGAACUGCGAUGCCUCCCCUUCAA